AUGGAAUCAAAACCGAUCCCCGCGUUUUAUUGCUGUUACCUUUUGCGCUCCACCGUCCGUCCAUCAAGCCUCUACAUCGGUUCAACGCCAAACCCUGUUCGUCGGCUAAACCAACACAAUGGCGUUGCUAAAGGAGGUGCCGCAAGAACUUCCAGAAAUACCUUGCGGCCUUGGGAAAUGGUAUGUAUCGUAACUGGUUUCCCAUCAAAUAUUGCCGCCCUGCAAUUCGAAUGGGCAUGGCAAAAUCCACACCUGACUCGUCAUAUUCCAACGGAAGAGCGUAUCAAUGCCCCUCAAACAAGAGUUCGCGUGUCUCCAAAGACUGGGAAGACCAGACGACGUCCAACUCGACCGCAAGUCUCGCUCACUGAUCGAUUGGCCAAUCUCCAUUUGCUACUUCGGGCGCAAACAUUUUGCCGUUGGCCGCUCAAUCUCCGCUUUUUCUGCGAAGACGUCUUUAAUCUAUGGAAUCGAUGGAGUGAUCGGGUAGAUGGUGAGCUAAGAGAAGGUAUCAAAGUCUCCUUGGAGACUCAAGCGCCGUCUCGGGAGAGCGAAGAAACCCAGCAAAGUAGUCGGCCUGCAAGGAAGAAGCCUGUUGCUAUAGAAAGAUGCUUUCAGAAGCAACUCGAGUCUGUCCAAGUUGACUAUGACCCUUUGGCAGGCCACCUAGACAAGAGUUUGAACGUCCUCAAAAAUGAUGGAGAAGCGCACUGCGCACUGUGCCGCGGCAAAUUGAGAGCAAGCAAUGAUUUUAUUCUCAUUUGCCCCAAAGACCACUGCCGAGCGUCGUCACAUUUAAGUUGCCUUUCGUCGCAUUUUCUCUCUACUGAAGACGACCCAGACACAGUUCUGCCUAUCAGUGGGACAUGCCCAUCCUGCAAAGCCCAAUUGCAAUGGAUUGACCUGGUGAAAGAGGCAACGCUUCGUAUGCGCAGUCCGAAAGAAGCAGAGAAAGUCAUCAAACGAUCGAAGAAGAAAGAAGCCCAAAGCAAAACUGGUGCGGUGGCUAAUGCUGCCACUGAAUCAUCAGCACUUGGUGUCUUAAGUGACCUUGAGACGGAUGUAAGCGAUAGUGGUGGCCUCUCCGAGAAUGAUGCACCAAAUCAAGGCUUCGAUUUGGAAGAUGAAUGGGUACCAAGAAAUGAUAGCGAGGAUGACGACAACAAGUCGAUUGCAAGCGAAGCUUCUUCCCGCUCACAAUCCAUCAUGCCCCAGAGUCCCAGUAAAUCUCGAGUUCGAGGGAAUUCAAAACUGCCAAUAGUCAUUGAGGACAGUGACUGGGACGAUGCGGAAACACUUGACUGA